UCCCCAGCCGGCCAUAUUGCUUGCUAAUCCGAUGCGAUGGUGUAUUGCGUGCUUUCGGGGGCCGAAUUCACACUAUAAAAACCGGCCUAAACCAAAAUCAAAACAUUUUACUUAACCUAAAUACAGCAAGCCCCUAGAUGGAAAACAAGGCCCUGCAGAUCUCCACUGGUCUAGACACAGAAGCACAAGAGGUCGAAAUUAUCGGAAUUCACACAUUGUGUCGGUUGUGUGCGAGUCAGAAUGAACGUUUAAUCGGGAUUUUCAGCGAAGAAGGGAUCACUAAUGACCUCUCGAAUAAAAUCAACCUGUAUUUGCCCAUCAAAGUGGCAGCCACUGAUGUGCUGCCGUUGCAGUGUUGCUGGAACUGUGCCUCGACACUACUGGCUUGGCACGAGCUGGUUUUGACGAGCGUGGAGAUCGACAGGAAGUUCAGGAGUUCGCAGUUCAUCGCGGAGAAGGUGGUGGAGGAUGAAGGCGGCUAUGACAAUUCCACGAAUCCAUUCAGUGCCAGUGAUGAUAAUGGAGUCUGUGAUAACGAGGGAUCAAAACCCGAAAUCAAAAUCGAACCCGCCGACGCCGACGACCCACCCCACCCCAAGCCACCCGCAGGCCACUGCCACAUCUGUGAUAAAACCAUCAGCAGAGCCCGCGACUUGAAGCGCCACAUCUCCAGCUGCCACCCGGACACCCUCACCCAAAAACACUUCGACGAAGUGGCCGACCUGGCGGCGAAAACCUGCGUCGAGUGCGACCUGAAGUUCGACAACCGCACCAAACUCAAGAAACACGUCGAAGAGGUGCACCAGCUCAAGCAGAAGCGCCACCGCCGCAAAAAGGACGAGAUUUCGCCGCGAUUCUACUGCGACGCCUGCGACAAAGGGUUCACCAGGAAGUACGACAUGGAGAAGCACCGAACCCAAGCGCAUGCGCUCAGUCCGCAACGACAAGACAAAAAGAGGAAGUUGGAUGUGUUAAUUAAAUGCAAGAAUAGAGACUCGGACGGGAAAGUGUUCUAUAAGUGUGACUUCUGUGAGAGGAAUUUCGCACAGAGUUAUAGUUUGAUGAGGCAUAGGACUAUACAUACGGGGGUUAGGGAGUAUUGUUGUCAUAUUUGUGGUACGGGGUUUAGGAUUUCGAAUGCGUUAACGAGACACAUAGAGUCGUAUCACUACCAAGUUAAGAAUUACAGCUGCGAUGUGUGUGGGAAGAGCUUUACGGCGAGGGCCACGAGAGACGAACAUAUGAACAUUCACACGAAUACGAGACCGUUUGUGUGUGAUGCUUGUGGUAAGAGUUUCAAGCAGAGGGCGAGUUUACAUGUUCAUAAGAUGUUUCACUCGAAUAUGUACAGAUUUGAGUGUAAAAGUUGUGGGAAGAAGUUUCGCAGAAACCAGGAUUUGAAAGUGCAUGGUUGGUUGCAUACAGGACAACGACCGUAUGCUUGUCCUGAGUGUAAAGCGGCCUUUAGAUUGAGGCACGACCUCACCAGGCACUUGAAAGUUCACGAGAAAUUAAAAGAGUGCGCUUGUAACGUGUGUGGGUCGGUUUUCAGUCAAGAAAGGUACUUGAAAGUGCAUAAAAAAAUUCAUGGGAAAGGACAAACAGUGGGGAAGACUGAAGAGACGGCACAACAAGGGUAGUCAGUCUUUAAAACAUAUUGUGUUCAUUUAUAGCUAUUUAACCAACAAGUUUAUUAAUGAAGGCGAUUAAUAAUCGAGAUAUUUUAACGCGCGAGAUUAUUAAUCGCGUUUUAACAAAUGUGUUGGUUACAAUGCUUUUUCGGUGAUCGUAAAUAAAUUUUUUAUAGUUAUUUAAAAAUUUAAAUUUACUGAAAUUAUGCAACCAAAUAUACGCUUGUUUUUCCCCGCACCACGCUAUAAAUUCGCGGUAUGUUUUUUCGUACAAUAUUCUACUCUUUUCCGGUAAUAAACCUAACGACACCACAUUUGCGGUCUCCACAACUUCUGGGGGAGUUAAACCUUGGUACUCAUCCAUUUUUGAUGAAGCACUAUUUUAAAUUUAUGACAUUUAAAAUAAAUCUAGAGUCAUCAAAAUUGAUUGAGAGAGUUGGUACCCCCGGUUUUUGCCGUGAGGUUUGUCAACCUUGUGACAGAUUCGUUUAAGGUUAUAUGGCAAUGAAUUCAGGGGCGUGACAAAGAACUGGGGGUUGAUUGUCGAACCUGUGGACUGGUUUUGCCAAUGAUUUACCCUCUACCCUUGAUGUUCUUAGAGGUUAUGCCAUUUGGCAAAAUCAGUCAUAUCUUAAUAAAUUCCAGCCCCAUCCACUCGCCCUUUAGUUUCUUUGAGAAUAGGCCAUUUGGCAAUAUCAGACUUUCCUAGCAGGUACUAGCCCCGC